AAAAAAAAAAAAAAAUUAUUAUUAUUUAAAAAAAUAAUUUUUUUAAGAAGGAAAAAAAAAUGGUGAAAAUCUUCAUCGGGAACCUGCCUCGGUUGGCGACGAAAGAACAGGUGACGAAGCUGUUCGAGAAGUACGGCAAACUGACCGAGUGCGACAUCAUCAAGAAUUAUGGCUUUGUUCACAUGGAGGACAAGGAGGCAGCGGAAGAGGCGAUCAAGAACCUGCACCAUCACAAACUCCACGGGCUUCCAAUCAAUGUGGAAGCCAGUAAGAGCAAGGUGAAGACCUCGACCAAGCUGCACAUCAGCAACAUUGGUGGUGAAUGCACGAACCAGGAGCUGCGGGCCAGGUUCGAGGAGUAUGGACCUGUCAUUGAGUGUGACGUUGUCAAGGACUACGCCUUUGUGCACAUGGAGAGGGAGGAGGAUGCCAUGGAGGCCAUCCGAGGGUUUGAUGGCACUGAGUUUAAAGGCAAACGGAUCCAUGUCCAGCUGUCGAGAAGUCGGCUCCGGACACAACCUGGGAUGGGCGACAAAAACGGCUGUUUUCGGUGCGGUAAAGAGGGCCACUGGUCUAAAGAAUGCCCCAAAGAUCGCGUUGGUUUCGAAGGCGGAUUCCCUUGCGACUACCCCCAACCCUACUCGGAGCGUCCGGCGUAUGAUGAUCGGUAUGGGAUGGCUGAGCACUUCGAGGGCUAUUUGCCAGAGCCAUACACGCCAAUGGGAGACCCCUACUAUGACCGGCGGUCGACUCAGCUUCCACCGAUAGGCACUGCCAUGAGCGACUGCGUCCCUGGUGGCUUUGACCCCUAUGGGAGGCACGCUGUGCCGCCUCCAAACCCUUCCUAUUACAGCCGAGAUAGGAGCCCUCUGCGUCGCAAUCCCAUGGCUUCCUCCAGCGCCGGAUACGGGUAUGAAUACUCACACGUCUCCUCGGCUCCAAUGUCCUCUAGUUCUCCGUAUGACGGGCCCGGCUCAGCGGGGAACGCCUACAUGGGCCGCAUGCAGUACUCAAUGUUCUGAUCCGAAGGUGAGGCACUGUCGGCUUUCCAGCCGCAGGUGUGUGUGUCUGACGUUGCACAGAUUUGGCUUACUCAGUGGCUAAUGCGCAAAGGGCUGUAAGGGUUUCCUUACGUCCUGCCCAAGCCCCCCCCCCCCACACUCCAUCAGUAUUGUGUUUUUCCUUUUAUCCCCGGGGUCAAUUCCCUUAUCUUGAGGGUUGGAGUGGGAAGCGGAGGUUGCUUGAAGCAGGAGCUUCUGGUCGCUGCCCUGAACUGCUGAACUUGCAGUAACUCCGGCUGACAUUGGCAUCAAAAUGGGUUACAAUGUCGGAGCCGGCCCUGCUGCACAUUUCUUACAGUUGACGAGCGAACUGGAGGGGGUUGCAGCAGACGGCAUCUAUUUAAAGUAUUUAAACUCAAGAGUAUGGUCAAAGUCGGGGUUUGAGAAGGACUGGAAAGUAUUGAUCAGAAACCUAGUAUAAUACACAGUGACCUCCAUGUUCAUUUAUGCUGCUAAUAAACUCACAACCACAAAAAUACUUUUUGCCAAAAUUGGCAAAGAACUCAACCGUUUUGAUUUUUUUCCUCUCUCUUUCUUUGUGCAUUAGUCACUGGAUAUCUUCAAGUCUGUCUCUCACAUGGCUCCUGGCCGCAUGUGGGACAGGGUAAUUGAGACGACUGCGUGUUUCAGGGCAGUCCGAUCAGGCUGCUGACACGGAAAAUUAAAAAAAAAUAAAAAUGAUGUCCAUGUGUGCUUUCUCUCUUUGUUUCUUGCAGGAGUGAUAUUUGUCCCUCGGCAACAGAGUGGGGUUUCCAAGUAAAUCUUUGGGUUGUAAGGGAUGUGUUCCGUCGCCUGGAUGUUGAUUGAGCAAAAGGUGUCUGGUGUGAUGCGAUAGCCCAGUCUUCCCUUUUAAAUGAAAACAAAAUACGUUGUGAUUCUUGAUCUGAACUCGUUUUCCUCCGCGGCGAGCAGAGACCAAUCUUUCUGAAUGUGUGGGAAAGAACUGCUGGUUUACACAGCACAAAAUGCCGGAGUAACUCAGCGGGACAGGCAGCAUCUCGGUGGCGAAGGAACGGGCGACGCUUCGGGUCGAGACCCUUCAUCGGGCUGGCGUCGCGAUCAGAAACAUCACCCGUUCCUUCUCUCCAGAGAUGCGGCCUGCCGCCGCUGAGUUGCUCCAGCAUUUUGUGUCUUAUCUCCAAUCUUUCUGAAGCCUGGUCUUGUUCUCGCCAUUUCCGUCGUGCUCUCUGUGCUAGUUAGAAGUAUUUGCGCAUCUGUGACUAGUUAGAAAGUAUACUUUUUUUUUUUUUAGUUGUGCAUUUCCUUGUAUUAAAAGCUGAACAAUAAAUACCGGGAAUUUCACCUUGA